AUGUCGUUGAGCCGAACGAUAUUCAACACCUCGCAGAAGAAUAUCUUCUGUGUUUUAUCGCGGGCUUAUAGCGGAUCACAAGAUGCUGAUCUAGUCGUCAUUGGUGCCGGCCCAGGCGGCUAUGUGGCGGCUAUCAAGGCAGCUCAACUGGGAAUGAAGACGAUCUGUGUCGAAAAGGGCGCAACGCUCGGCGGUACGUGUCUCAACGUCGGCUGUAUUCCGUCAAAGUCGCUUCUUAACAAUUCCCACUAUUAUCACAUGGCUGCACACGGAGACUUGGCAAGCCGAGGAGUGGAGGUCGAAACCAAACUGAACUUGCCAAAAAUGCUUGCAGCAAAAGAAGGAUCAGUUAAGGCUUUGACUGGAGGAAUUGCUCAACUUUUCAAAGCCAAUAAAGUGGGUCAUGUAAACGGCCAUGGAACAAUUGUAUCAGCAAAUCAGGUGCAAGUAAAGAAAGCUGAUGGUUCAUCGGAAACGAUUAACACUCGUAAUAUUCUCAUUGCAACUGGUUCCGAGGUAACACCCUUCUCUGGAAUUGAGAUUGACGAGAAAACAAUUGUUUCUUCAACUGGUGCUUUAUCUCUUCAAAAAGUCCCGAAGAAGAUGGUUGUCAUUGGUGCGGGAGUUAUCGGGCUUGAAUUGGGAUCAGUUUGGCAAAGACUGGGAGCAGAAGUCACUGCUGUAGAGUUCCUUGGGCACGUCGGUGGUGCCGGGAUCGAUAUGGAAGUUUCAAAGUUGUUCCAGCGAACGCUUACCAAACAAGGAUUCAAAUUUUUGUUGAACACAAAAGUGAUGUCUGCAUCGAGGCAAGGAGAAAAUAUUUCUGUUGAAGUUGAAGGAGCCAAGGAUGGCAAAAAGCAGCAGCUCGAUUGUGAUGUGCUGCUAGUGUGCGUUGGUCGGCGACCGUACACUCAGAAUCUUGGCCUCGACUCUGUCGGAGUUUCACUUGACAAUCGUGGAAGAAUUCCUGUGAACGAGCGAUUUCAAACAUCGGUACCUUCGAUUUUUGCAAUUGGUGAUGUGAUUCAAGGACCCAUGUUGGCACACAAAGCUGAAGAUGAAGGUAUUCUGGCUGUUGAGGGACUUGCUGGUGGUGCUGUUCACAUCGACUACAACUGCAUUCCAUCUGUGGUCUACACACAUCCCGAGGUUGCCUGGGUCGGAAAAUCUGAGGAACAAUUGAAGAGCGAGGGAGUUGAGUUCAAAGUUGGAAAGUUCCCCUUCGCCGCCAACUCUCGAGCUAAAACAAACAAUGAUCAAGAAGGCUUUGUCAAAGCGCUUGCCAACAAACAAACUGAUCGAUUACUUGGCGUGCACAUUAUUGGACCGAAUGCCGGAGAAAUGAUUGCUGAAGCGACUUUAGCUCUCGAAUAUGGAGCCAGUGCUGAGGACAUUGCCCGUGUGUGCCACCCGCAUCCGACACUUUCCGAAGCUUUCCGUGAGGCCAACUUGUCUGCAUAUUGUGGGAAAGCGAUCAACAGCGUC